AUGUUGUAAUCAGUAACUGUUUAAUUUCAUACCAUUGAAGGGGCUUUCAUACCGAUUUGGUUCUAUAAGUUUUCAAACAUGAGCUGUAGCUAAAGACUGCAGCAUUACAUGCCUCUUGCCCUGAUGUUUAGUCGAGAUUGGCAGAUCGUUCAUUGAUAAAUUAGGCAGUGUUUGAUUAGCAGGUCUCUAGUGAUGGGAGGAGUCGGGCUUGCCCACCACAGACUGAGUGAAAGGCAGGCAGGCAGGCAAUGAAGAUGGUGGAUCCAGACACAUAACGGGAGGACCGUUAGAUCGCUGGAAACCACAGUCAACGGCACAGUGAAAUAUUUGGCACUAUCUGACUCUGCACCCAUCUGGAGUUGAGCUCCGACCCUGAUUAUUAGGAUCGACUGCAAGGCCCUAACUCGUCAACCUCGACGUCACUCUUUGCUUCGCCCAUAGUAGAUCGAUGAGCCUGGGAGGCCGUGCUUGAGUGGAGUCCUGCUGGAAGAAGUAAUGCUCUGUGUGUAGACCUUCCCCUCUUCCAAUCAUGAGCCACCAGGAGGCGCCACACGGCCAGGAGUUGAGAGAGGCGGCUGAGGCAGACCUGGAGCGUAGAGGCCCCGAGGGUCAACAGCCCCCCUCAUCCCACCGUAGACGCCACGACAACGGAGAUGGCAGCCGCUCCGGUCGCUCCCGCAACCACCACAGCAACCAUGGUACAGAGAAUAACCACUACCAGUCCCAACAGCAGGGGGCCCCGCGCUACCGCAGAUACGAGGGAUCAAACGGUGGGACGAACCGCACACGUCCCACGAGGAGACCAGCGGAAGAUGGUGAUCCCGAGCAGCAACCUGUUCAGCAGCCCAUACCACGACCUGCAGUGACACGCUACCGCAGACAGGGAGACAACGAGGCCCGACUUCGGGCACAGCAACAGAGACAGCGACAGCGGGAGAGGCAGCAGAGAGAUGCCGAGAGAACGGAACAGCACAGGCUGGAACAUCAACAGCAUCUCAUCUCCCCUACGCAAGCCAUGACGCCCGCAAGAGAGCCAGAGGAGGCUGAGGAAGACGAGGGAGAUGGUGGCAGCGCUUUGGCGCGAUCCGCCAGCACCGAGAGUGGCUUCCACAACCACACGGACCGGGCUGAGGGGGAUGCAGUCAUGGUUCUUGAAGCGGAGCCCGAAGACGAAAGCACAUACGGCAUCCCACUGCGUCCUGAAGCUGAGGAGUACACCGAGAGUGCCGAGUCAGAGCAACAGCACGGUGGUCCAGCUUACCUCCAACCCCAAUACCCACCUCAGCCACCGCCCCUACCUCGAGAUCCCCUGCCUAAUGCCGAGAGGCCCCAUGAUGCAGAGACGCUAAACCCCAACUACUCCAAUUAUGUUUACACUCAACCCAUGUACCGCAGUCCCACCGGAGAAGGAGAGGCCUGUGAAGGUGGAGCAACAGAAGAUCCAGAGCCAUACUCUGAGCCCUACACUGAAUACACCCCUCAGGAGCACGUUUACGAGGAGAUCACGGAUGGCCCCUCGACCAAAGCUGAGGGACAGACUCCACAACAGCGUAGGGCAGAGUUCAGGUUCUUCGAGCGUGAAUUGUACGAGCAACAGGAGGCAGUUGGGUCCAGGCUCCACCACUACGAUGAGCGAUCUGACGGAGAGUCGGACAGCCCUGAAAAGGAAGCAGAGUUUGCCCCUUAUCCCCGAGUCGACAGCUGCGAGCAGGAUGAGGACAUUGACCAGAUUGUGGCAGAGGUGAAGGAGAGUCUGAGCUCGCAGAGCCUGGACCGUGUCGCCAUGGGUCUGGACAAGGACGAUGAUGAAGAAGAGUGGACCAAGUCAGAGUCCCAUGGUCAAAUGGAUGAAAUCAAAUCCCCGGAGCCAAUAAUUGAAGGAGAGGAGGGAGAGCAGCCCCCCAGAAGUCCCUCAGAAGAGACAGCUCCAGUCGUAAGGAGCAGUCGUGAAAAGAGAGAUGCAAUCUCACUGGCUAUUAAGGACAUCAAAGAGGCAAUAGAGGAGGUGAAGACCAGGACGGUCCGCUCGCCCUACACGCCAGACGAGCCCAAAGAACCCAUCUGGGUAAUGAGGCAGGACCUGAGUCCCACAGCAGAAUCUGACCUGCAGCCUUCUCUGGGGGCUGAUUCUCCAGGCUCAGGCUCCACGUCCCCACAGGGGGCGGAGUCUUCCAGCCGUCCCCUGCCGCCACACGAGGGGAGCGACAGCUUUGAGUCUCCAUCUCCAGCCAGUAAAGAGUCAAGGAGAAGUCUUGCUUCAUUCCCAACAUAUGUGGAAGUACCAGGCCCAUGUGACCCAGAGGACCUCAUUGAUGGUAUUAUCUUUGCUGCUAACUACCUGGGAUCCACCCAGCUGCUGUCAGACAAGACGCCCUCCAAAAAUGUGCGCAUGAUGCAGGCUCAAGAGGCUGUGAGUCGCAUUAAGACGGCCCAGAAAUUAGCCAAAAACAGGAAGAAGGCUCCAGAAGGUGAAGCUCAGCCCAUGACGGAAGUGGAUCUCUUCAUCUCCACUCAGAGAAUCAAAGUGCUCAAUGCAGACUCACAGGAGACCAUGAUGGACCACCCUUUAAGGACCAUCUCUUACAUCGCUGAUAUUGGGAACAUCGUGGUGUUGAUGGCCAGAAGGAGAAUGGCUCGCUCUGACUCUCAGGAGAACAUGGAAGCCUCUGACCCUGCCCAGGACGAGAAGCGGCAAUACAAGAUGAUCUGUCACGUGUUUGAGUCUGAAGAUGCUCAACUCAUAGCUCAAUCCAUCGGCCAGGCUUUCAGUGUGGCGUACCAAGAGUUCCUGCGUGCCAAUGGCAUCAACCCAGAGGAUCUGAGCCAGAAAGAGUAUAGCGACCUCCUUAACACACAGGACAUGUACAACGAUGACCUCAUUCACUUUUCCAAGUCUGAGAACUGCAAAGAUGUUUACAUAGAGAAGCAGAAGGGAGAGAUUCUUGGGCUGGUGAUUGUAGAGUCGGGCUGGGGCUCCAUCCUUCCCACAGUUAUUAUAGCAAACAUGAUGCACGGCGGCCCGGCAGAGAAGUCAGGCAGGCUGAACAUUGGGGACCAGAUUAUGUCCAUCAAUGGUACUAGCCUGGUGGGAUUACCCCUCUCCACCUGCCAGAGUAUUAUCAAGGGAUUGAAGAACCAAUCCAGAAUAAAGCUUAACAUUGUGAGAUGCCCACCUGUGACCACUGUCCUCAUCAGAAGACCAGACCUGAGAUAUCAGCUGGGAUUUAGUGUGCAGAAUGGCAUUAUUUGCAGUCUCAUGAGAGGAGGGAUAGCAGAGCGCGGUGGGGUCCGUGUCGGCCACCGGAUCAUUGAAAUCAAUAGCCAGAGUGUUGUGGCCACCCCUCAUGAGAAGAUUGUACACAUUCUGUCUAAUGCAGUUGGUGAGAUUCACAUGAAGACUAUGCCGGCCGCCAUGUACCGCUUGUUAACAGCCCAGGAGCAACCAGUUUACAUCUAAAGCUACGACGCUUUCUCAAGCCUCCUGCCCCGUUGUCACCAGAUAUAACCUUAAUCUUGAUGUGAAAGUGUCAGGCCUGUGGACUGGUGACUGUGUGAUUGAAUCCACUGAAGCUCUGCUCAACAUGGCUCUCCAUGACUUCACUGCCUCCCCUGAGCUCUUCAUCUGUCCUUUUCUGUUGCUGUGAGUGAGAUUGCUGUGCUGUGUUGUUCCUCUCUGUGUGCACUGAAACGAAGCAGAGAGAGAGUGUGAGAAAUAUUUAAAGAGCCCCAUCAUAGAAAAUGGCGUCCUAUUGAAACCAGAUACCGACUCCUGUGUGAUGUGAGCGUUAGGUGUACAAAAAGGAGUUUGCCUUACCAUUCUUUUUUGCUGUUAUUUAUUUGAGCUUGGCAGUCAUCAAGCGUUUUAGAUUCAACUUUGAGGAAUGUCGGAGGAAUAUGGUGAAAAUAGCAAACUGUAACUUUAAUACAUGAAAUGGAGUUUGAAUUGAAUUGGUCACAACUUAACUUACAGGAUGUUGAAUUUGAAUUUGAACGACAGGAAAAUACAUUUACUGAAUUGCAAUUUCAAAGACAUUAAGCAGGUAUUAAACUCAUAAAAUAACUUUUCUUAACUGAUUACAUUUUCAAUUAAUACAGCCACCAACAUUUUUAUUUAGUUCAAUUCAAACCCUAACCACAAAAUGUACUUUGACAAAAAAAUUUUUUUUUUUUUUUAAAGUGACAUCUUUUGACUGGACACUAUAAGUAAACUAGAGCAUUCUGAGAAUUGAGUUUUCCAAUUAUGGUCCAUAAAAUGAAAUUGAAUUUAUUUGAUGCAAUGUAUUAAAUAUACUUUCCAAACAUUGCUAAUUUUAUUUAAUGCUUCUAAAAAUAGCUCAUAUGUUGCAUCUUUGAUCAUAUUUAUAGGUAAUUGAUACCGAAACACAAAAUACACUUACAUUUCUUUAACUUUAGCUUAAAUUCAAAUCUGCAUCCUGUUUGCUUAGAAAUGGACCAAACCAUUGAGUCCUGCGAAAAGGUUUUUUUAAACAGUUCCUAUCAAAAUGACGAUGAGCUUUUUGCUUCAUAGGAAUGUCUAGUACACUUAGAGUAUAUAUAUAUAUAGUAGAGCACAUAGAAAUUGUGGAUGAAAUGCCUUACAGAAUGAUGAUGCCAUAUUUUAAAAGAAAGUGUUUUGGAAAUAUAUAUAGGCUAUGGAGACUUGAGAAUAGUUGAUGUUUGAAUGGGACACGUUUUGGACAACCUCUUUAAAUAAACACACAUAUAUUACAGUCAGGGGAAAGUGUCCUAAAAAUUAACCAUUGUGUUUUACUGUUUUUUUUUUAAUUGAUGUGCAAUAUUUUGUUGUUGUUGUUGUAAAUGAAAACAUUCCUUAUUUUUAUGCACAGAAAACCUUCCUUUUUGUCUUAAGCGUCUGUCAAUGAAAUAAUAUUGCAAAUUAAAUAUGCCCAUAUUAGUAGCAUUUUCUUUUAAACAUUUAUACUUGGAAAAACAAGUUUGUGUUGACAUUUUCAGGAUGGAUUUUUUGUCAUUACGGCCUUUUUUAAUGAACUAAAUGUUUAAUUAAUGUGUGCUACUUUUUCACUUUUUUUCACUCAAGAACAGCAUGUGUCUUAACAGAACUGUAUUCACUCUCAGAAAGCUUCAAUCUGGUACAUUUGAGCUGGAUUUGCAAGUAUCCAGUAUACAGUUUUAAUAUAGAGCAUCUCAAUGUGAACCGAUUGAAAACUGACUGAAUUUCCAGAGAUUUACCCAAACAUUAUAGUACCAUCUGUGCAAGAACCUCAGCAUGCUUUGGCACAUCUCCAUUAUUUCUGAAGUCUGGCAAAUAUCACUAUAUGUGAUUUUGCAUCUGAAGAAAAAACAAUCAGAAAAUGUCUUCUCUCCACUCUAACCACUCUCCCCAUAUUUUACCAUUAAGUGUACUUGCCUGGAAUUCUUUUGAGAACACACUCGCUCGCACAUUUGCAAAGGUAUCUUUUACCAUCAAAUGAUUGUUACAGCAAUGUAUCACAAUCUGAUGACAUUUCUGCAGUUGAAUCUGUAUUGAUACUAGAAACUCUUUCAGACGUUACCAAGCUCCCUGUAAUUGUGGCGCUGAUAAGAAAAUACACUUCUCGUUGCUUACAAUGUGAAUUUCACCCCACAAUAUGACCUCAUUAGCACUGUAUUAUUUUACUAAUUGAAUCAAGUCAUUAACACAGAGGAAGGGCCUCAUGUUUUAUUGUUUUUUGGUGUGUGUGUAGCAUGAUCUUUUUGUAUGCAUUGCUAUUUAUUCUUGUAGUGAGUGUGAUGUGUGUGAUUACAAAUGACUUCAUCAUCAAAUAAAACCAGCUAGACACUUUCAUAUAUACAGUAUAUAUAAUAUUAUAUUUAUUUACAUGAUAUAUACAGUAUAUCCAAUGAAUAUAUACCAUGUGUACAAUGAUAAAAAAGGAAACUGCAAAAGUCUUUGACACCAGUGUUCUACUAUGUAAUGUGUUAUUUUUAAGGGGCAUCAUCACGUCAUGACUGAAAUCCGCAGGCUGAAUAACACUAACAGUUGCCAUUAUAAUGUAAUUGGUCUGCUACCACCAUGGCAUCUUCCCAUAUUCAUUGUAUGAGAUGUUGUCCAGUUUUACACCGAAAUGAAACAGUGACGGUUAUGUUUUUUGAGCUGUACUAUUAACGCAUCAUCCUAGUGUCCCAGACUUCUGCACUAUAACAGUACAAGACAUUCUGCGUCCACCUCAGAAUAAUGUACAAGCUUUAAUGAGGGAUGGAUUUAAUUAUUUAAUAAUGGAGAAGCAAAACAAGUAGCUUAAUGUGUUAUUAAUGACACCAGGUAUGAAAUAUCAGUGUACAUGAUAUGUAACCCUGGAUUUGCAGAGUAUUGGACGGAUUCUCACCUCAAGACUGUAGAUUGCAAGGCCUCAGCAGAGUGUGUGAUUCGUGCUGGAGUAGAAAAGAAACUGUGGGUUUGAUUAGUAUUUAUAAUGCACUUGCUCUGAAUGUAAUUACAAUUAUAUGUUUGUCACUGUCUAAAAGUAAAAACACACUUUCUGUAAAGCAAUAGCAAAGUUGAUUUAUUUGCUAGCUUCUCUGUGAUUGAACUAUUUAGACACAUUCCUUUACCAUAGCAGGAAUGUUUGUAACAGUAUUUACACUAUUAAACCAACUACUGAGAGCGUA